GGGGCAUGGGGUGCUGAUGGCCAUGGACGGCUACCGGGGCUUCCUGGGGCUGCUGGUGUCGGCGCUGCUGGUCGGCUUCCUGUCGGUCAUCUUCACCCUCAUCUGGGUCCUCCACUACCGCGAGGGGCUCGGCUGGGACGGGAGAGCGCCCGAGUUUAACUGGCACCCGGUGCUCGCGGUCACCGGCUUCAUCUUCAUCCAGGGCAUCGCCAUCAUUGUAUACAGACUGCCAUGGACCUGGAAAUGCAGCAAGCUCCUGAUGAAAUCCAUCCACGCGGGGUUACACUUCGUUGCAGCCAUUCUUGCCAUUAUUUCUCUGGUGGCUGUCUUUGAUUUCCACAAUACGCUGAACAUCCCCAAUAUGUACAGUCUGCACAGCUGGAUUGGACUGACAGCUGUCAUACUCUUCGUGUCACAGCUUCUCCUAGGUUUUUUCGUCUUUCUGCUUCCUUGGGCUCCACUUUCUCUCCGAGCAUUUCUCAUGCCCCUACAUGCUUAUUCUGGACUUGUCAUCUUUGGAACAGUGAUUGCAACAGCCCUUAUGGGAGUGACUGAGAAACUGAUAUUUGCCCUGAAAACACCCGGCUAUGAUACAUUCCCACCAGAAGGUGUUUUUGCAAAUACCCUGGGCCUUCUGAUUCUGGUGUUUGGGGCCCUCGUGUUUUGGAUAGUCACCAGACCACAGUGGAAACGUCCUAAAGAACCAGCUUCUCUCCGUCUUCAGCCAAACGGAGGCACUCCAGAGGGAGUGGAAGGCUCCAUGGCAAUCAACUUUGGCAACACGGACAAAUCAGAUUCAGAGUUAAACAAUGAAGCAGCAGCCAGGAAAAGAAACGUUGCCCUUGACGAGAGUGGUCAGAAGUCCACCAUGAAAGAGGAAUCAAAGCAUUUGCCAAGAGCCCAGCUGGGCAGACACCAGACUGGCCGGAGGAGCCACCUGUUUUGCGGCGCUGCUGAUCCCCAGAGCCCCAGAGGCAGCAGCAGUCACAAGUCUUCCCGAGGGAACGCAGAUUACGGGAAGCUGGGCAGUGAGAACUGGAUAAAACAGGAGGGCCUAGAUUCUCCACAGAACUAUUCAGAAUUCUCGAGGCUUACGAGUGGAAUAAACCUCUGGUAAUCUAGGUACUGAGGGCUCCAGAAACAAGAGUGUAUUCGUAGGCUUUGUAAAGGUGACAAAAGAGACAAGACUGAGGUAAGGAAUAAACUGAGUAAAGAGUUACAGAUGGACCAAAAUGAUUCAACUUGACUCAGAACAGCUUGGAGGAAGGGGGCAAAAGGGAGAAAUCCUGGGCCAAAGCAGUGAGGAAAAUGAAGAUCAUGCUGGAAAUGAAAUGGCUUCCAAGUAGGAUCAAAUCCAGAGUGCUGUCAGGAAAACAGUCCACAGGUGAAGCCAGGGAUGUGACUACAAAACUGUUAAAACCUCAGAAAGUUGCUUCGUAGACCUUUACAAGCAGACAAAAGGCCUACAGCUUUGGAGAGUGUGAGGUGGAGAAGGGCUAAAGGAGACUUAUGGGUGUGGCUUUUGCCUAACAGAGUUGGUUAUAAAUUGAUUGAUAAGAAGC